GGCCACAGCUCACCUCCCCUGUCUCUCUCUCUCUCUCUCUCUCUCUCUCUCUCUCCUUGUACUUUAUUACAUCAAAAAAUAAUAAUAAUAAGAAAAAAAACAAUAAAGAAAUUGAGGACCUUAGAACACAGAUUUUAUUUUUAUUUUUUAAUUUUUAAAGCCACAAAUAACACGCACUUUUGGAAUUUGAAGCACCGGCUUUUUUAAAAUUUUCCUUCUACGGGCCGCCUCGCAUAGAAACACGCUGCACCAACCCUAACCACCGCACAUCUCAUCUCCCCUUUCUCGCCUGGUAGGCUCGUUGCCCUAAUUAACUUUAUUUUUUCCGCUUAUCCCAAAAAAAGGCAAAAAAAAAAAAACAUAAUUUAUUCGGUGGACACGUGGAGGCCAUCUAUCGGUGGGGUUUGGAGAAGGGACGGUGAUGAUGGAGGCGGCGUCGAGAUGGGGGACGUGGGAGGAGCUUCUCCUCGGCGGCGCCGUUCUCCGCCACGGCGCCGCCGCGUGGGACGCCGUCGCCGCAGAUCUCCGAUCCCGCACCCCCUUCCCCACCCUCUUCUCUCCUCAGAUGGAUGGCUUUAAUACGGUUGGAAAUUGCCUCGGUCCUUGUUGCAGGAAUGCGAAGUCAAGUUCGCAGAGGUGCAAGAGCGUUACUGCGGAUGCGAGUAAGUGGAGUAUAGAGGACAGUCCCUCUACUUCAGCUAGUUGUGCUUGGUAUGAAGAGCUUCGGAAGCAAAGAGUUGCUGAACUAAGAAGAGAGUUGGAGAAGUCAGAAAAUUCCAUCGGAUCUUUGCAAUCAAAGCUCGAAAGCCUCAGCACCGGGAGACAAAGCGAGGGUGAGUAUGAGUACGAUACAAGCCAUACUGAGUCGCCUUCGCCAAAUGGAAAUGCUGCUGAUGUUGAUUCCAGCAGCAAAGAACUUUCCAGAGAUAGGUCAUCGGCAGGUAGUUUCACCGAGGAAGUUGGCAAAAGUUAUACAAAUGAGAGUAAAGAGUUGGCAAAUGGGAAUUGUAUCUUUAGAAAGAAAAGGGGAAAGAGGCAGAGGAGGUUUUAUACAGUAGUCAAGGAAGGGAGUGUGGGGGAUAGUGAGGCGGUGAAUUCUACUGCAUGUUUAGAGAGAGAAGGAUCAUUCGAGGGUCAUAAGCAGGGAAUCAGCCUCUCUCCCAAGGAAUCUGCUUCUUCCAUGAAAGGCGAGAGCAAUAAGUUGGAUUUGGCAGGGAUUUUGAAAUCUUUGUCUCAGCAUAGGGACUUCUCAAUGUUCCAGCGCCGACUCGAUAGCCAGAAAAGAGCUAAGUAUAAGAAGAUGAUUCGCCAACAUAUUGAUUUUCAAAUGAUAAUCUUGAAGAUAAGCCGCGGUUUAAUUUCAUCCCCGAAGGAGUUGUUAAGGGACCUGCUUCUGCUUGUAAACAAUACCCUUGUUUUCUACCACAAGGGUUCAGUGGAACACAAGUCAGCCCUCACCCUCCGAGAAUUUGCAAUUAAAUCAUUACGGCAAUGUUCUGAAUAUCCUGCUGAGAGUUCCAAGAAUUGCAGCGCGUCAAGUUCUCCUGCUGUCAAAGCUCGGAAUGUUUGGCGAGGCGGUUAUAGCACUGAGAGGAAAGAGGUGGCUGAUGGCGAAGAAGUUGGAAUUGAAGCAGCAAAGAAUGGGAAGAAAAACUCUCCUGUCAAGGUUCCUGAAAGUUCAUUGACUAAUAGUAGAGGAUCUUUAACCAAGAAGAGAGGUGUUGGGCUGCCAGCAAAGGGUGGGCAGAGAGGUGGAAGGGGAUCACGGCAGGGGAGUCCUAAGAAGGGGAGAAAGAGAUCUAGAAGCUGAUGCUACUGCGGAUUAUGUAUUCUCUCUUAGGUUCCUCUCCCCAUGUAGUUUUCUGUAAUUGCAUAGUUUAUAAGGGCUUUGUAGUCUUAUUAGUCUUCUUUAUUUUUUAACCUUUGAUCCCUUUUGCUGCUGGUGCUGUUAGGUAGGAAGACUAACCUCAAAAGUGAAAGAAGGAAUACGCUCUUCCAUUGAUGUCUUUACAAAUAGAACUACCGAAGGUUUAUCUUAACAUACUAAUCUUAAAGGUCCAAGCAAAUGUUUCUUUUGUUUAAAGUUUAUGGCUGCUUCUGCUCACGUUGAUUGUAGGAAGUGCUGAAUUGUGGUUUUAUGAAGCAUGUUUUCAGUC